GGCGGAGCAGCACCAGUACCAGCACCAGCACCCAAAGAGGGACUGGGUGGGACAUGGCGCCGACCGGGCUGAAGGCGGUCGUUGGCGAGAAGAUCCUGAAUGAUGUUAUACACAGCAUGAAAAAGGAAGGAGAAUGGAAGGUCCUCAUUAUGGAUCAUCCCAGCACCCGCAUCCUUUCCUCCUGCUUUAAGAUGUCAGAUCUUCUGGCUGAAGGAAUCACAAUUAUUGAAGAUAUAAGCAAGCGCCGAGAGCCCCUUCCCAGUCUGGAAGCCAUCUAUUUGAUCAGCCCCAUUGAGACGUCUGUUCGUGCUCUGAUAAAUGACUUUAAAAGCACUCCCACAUUCACCUACAAGGCCGCCCACGUGUUCUUCACGGACACUUGCCCAGAUGAGCUCUUUAAUGAGCUCAGCAAGUCCCGGAUCACGAAAGCAAUCAAGACACUCAAGGAGAUCAACGUUGCCUUCCUUCCCUAUGAAUCGCAGGUGUACACUUUGGACAGCGCUCAGAGUUUCCACCACCUCUUUAGUCCCUACUGCAGGGAAGAUAAAAACAGCCACUUAGAGAGGAUGGCAGAGCAGAUUGCCACACUGUGUGACACCCUCAAGGAAUACCCUUCAAUUCGCUAUAGGAAUGGUUCUGAAGACUGUUUCCAAUUGGCCCAUGCAGUGUUGGUGAAGCUGAAUGCCUUCAAAGCAGACAACCCAACCAUGGGAGAGGGCCCUGACAAAUCUCGAUCACAGCUUCUGAUCGUUGACCGCAGCUAUGAUCUGGUGUCGCCACUUCUUCAUGAGCUCACUUUCCAAGCCAUGGCCUACGACUUGCUCAACAUUGAGAGUGAUACUUACCGGUAUGAAUCCACAGGCAUCAGUGACUCCAGGGAAAAGGUAGUACUCUUGGAUGAGGACGAUGACCUCUGGGUGCAGUUACGCCAUAUGCACAUUGCAGACGUGUCCAAGAAAGUGACUGAACUCCUGCGUAACUUCUGUGAAAGCAAAAGGCUCACCACAGAUAAGGCUAACCUUAAAGACCUCUCUCAGAUCCUGAAGAAGAUGCCCCAAUACCAGAAAGAACUUCACAAGUAUUCCACACAUUUGCAUCUGGCUGAAGACUGCAUGAAUACCUUUAAGGGCACCAUAGAGAGGCUGUGCGGCCUGGAACAGGAUCUGGCCACAGGGGCAGAUGUUGAAGGGGAGAAAGUCAAGAACCCAAUGAAGAGUAUUGUGCCAAUUGUCCUUGAUACCACUGUGGAGGCCUUUGAUAAGAUUCGCAUUAUCCUGCUUUGCAUACUUCUCCAGAAUGGCAUUAACGAGGAGAACCUCACCAAGCUCAUCCAGCAUGCCAACAUCCAGCAGGAGAAAGACACCCUCUAUAAUAUGCACUGCCUGGGGGCUGCCAUCAUGCCAGAGGACACUGGCGGAAACCUGAAGCCUGUGAGGAAAGUACGGUUAGAGCCUACCUACCAACUCUCCCGGUGGAUUCCCAUUCUUAAGGAUGUCAUGGAGGAUGCCAUUGAGGACAAACUGGAUAAGAAGGUCUGGCCCUAUAUGUCUUGCGCUGCCCCUGGUCCCUGUUCCCAAACUGCUGUGAGUGCCCGUUUUGGACAUUGGCACAAGACCAAGACAGCAACUGAGUACAGGACAGGACCCCGUCUUAUCCUGUAUGUGCUUGGUGGAGUUACCAUGUCAGAGAUGCGUUGUGCCUAUGAAGUCACGGAGGCUACUGAUGGAAAAUGGGAAGUGCUGAUUGGCUCAUCCCACAUCCUGACUCCCAAACAAUUCCUGGAAGAUGUGCGCAGCCUGACUGAGCAGACACCCCUGAAGACCUAAAACGUCUCCUAGCCCCUAAGAGACUUGCUGGCAACAGUUUCAUUAGCUACCUGGAGAAAGCUUUUUCCUCAGCAAGAUGGCUUCUUCCUCAUCGGUGCCUUUGUUUGAACCCUUCUGAGACUGGCCCUAUAUUGACCCAGUCUUUAGCCAGCUAUCAUGAUUGAAUUGACACUGGAAGGACCUCCCCCAGGGCCCGGACUGAAGAUAAGGAUCUGUCUUCAUCUUCAUCUCUUAUUAUGAUAUUGUUUCUGGACGCCCUUUAUUUUUUUUCUCCCCCAUAAAUGAGGAGGAGAAGCAGAGGCUAUGUAAUUCAUGAAUAGGUCUGUUCUGUUCUUGCUUAUAUGAGGCCUUGCCAGGAUAUCAGUUCUUUUGACUUGACUUUGAUGGGCUUCAUCAGAGCCUACUUUUUCUCUUACACUCCCCCCACACACCCGCAGCAAAGAAAAUUGAUCAACAAAAGUGAUUGCUUGUUCUUUUAUAGAAAUGUUCCGGAACAAACUUUCACCUCUGGAUUCCCAGGUUUAGAAGCUGGGCUAUUGUUUUAACACUUAGCUUGAAAGGAUAAUUAGCUGCUGCUUUUAAAAAGCAGGAGAGAUGCUUUUGCUGUAGAGGGCAUGUGCUGGCUGUGUUACAAAAAUUGCACAGCUGAACUGAGGAAUCUCACUCUUUAAAAUAAAUAUGAAACUCACACUUGUUGGCAUUAUCUCUUCUGUAGAGGAGAAUUCAAGCUGUGAUAGUUAGGCAAGAAGAUAAUUUUUGUUUCCCGUUUAAAGAAUCGGGUACGUCAGCCUUCAUCUUGGAAAGUUACUGUUCCAGGUGGAAACGGUACUCUGUAUGAGUGUCUUUACUUUGUCCAUGUUCCACAACCUAUUACAAGGGGCUUCCUGAUUACAGCAUGGAAACAACAGCUGGUCAAAAACGUGAUAGCAAGACUGUUUACCAUGAUGCAGUAAGAUGUAUACUACUGCUUUACACUCCACAAGUAUCUUGUUUGUAUUUCAGGCCUUAAUUUAAAAUGUUGAAAUUAAACAUUUAACCAGAGUUGUCUCCUUUCAUACAUGAUGUACAAAAUAUCUUCAGAUAUUUAACAUAUUUAUUAUUAAAAGAUGUUACAGUAUCUUAAGUUUAGUUAAGUGUCAAUAAAAUGCAUAAAGAUUAUUUAUGCAUUUCUGUAGAGUUAAAGAUAUUAGGGAUAUUUUCAGAUGGUCCAACUCAGAUACCCCUCCCAAAAGGUGAGGCGGAGACCACGAGAGCAGUCAUCCUAGAGAGGCUUACCUGGCAUAAAUGAUAACCUUGGAUUAAGUUGCUUGUGAAAAUAAACAAGGCUUCUUCUUUGUUUUUUAAAACAUCUAGAUUUGAACUGUUUAGUUCUUUCUAUGGCACAGAUUUUAUUCAGGUUUUCUUGUGUAUUUGUUUCUUAACGUUUAGAGGGGUUAUGUUAUGCUGCGCUGUCUAAUGUUGUAUACGUUUAAGCUGCAUUCAGUGAACUGCCCAGACACCAUGUAGCCAUUGGCUGUUGUUACAAAGACA